AUGGAGUCGGCGGGUGGGAUCCAACACGUGGGACCACCUGAGUCUUACUCCGGGGUCCAAACGGUCGGCAACGGGAAGCGGUCGGAGGACCGCUUUCAGGCGGCCGCAAAACAGACGAAAAGUGAAGGGGGCAAAAAACGACCCCGAGACAGGGGGGCCCAGAACAGGAAAAUGCAGAAAAUUCAUAAGAGAAAAUACAUCCCUACAGCAAAAAAGUAG